AUAAAACCCUAAUUUUAUCACUCUUAAACCCUAAUUCCAAAAAAAAAGUUAAAAAAAUUAAUCACAGCUUUCAUAUUCAAUCAUGAUGAAUCGCAAAAGAAUCAAAGGCAAAAACACAUCACAAAACAAACGGUUCAAGUCGGAAAAACCCGACCCGUUUUUCGACGGCGACAAAAAACGCCGGAAAAAGUUCGAAGACGAUGAGAUUAACAGCAGUGAUUCCGACGACGGAGAUAUGGUGGCGGCGGCGGCGGACGGUGGAGAAGAGGAAGUGACGGAGGAGACGCCGGCGGAGGCGAGGAAGAGAGUGGCGGAGGUGAUGUUGGAGAAAGCGAGAUUGGCGGCGGCGAAGUUGGAAGAAGAAGAAGAAGAUGAAGAUGAAAUUGAUGAAAGAGGUGGAAGAGAAAAAGGGGGUGAUAGGGAUUCUUUAGUUGCUAAAAUGUUGCAGACGAAACAGUUGGAAGAUAGCGGCCGUGUUCGUAAAUUAAUCGCUUCGAGGGUUCAACCACCGAAAACUAACGAAGGAUUUCAAGUGUUAGUGAAACACCGACAGUCUGUAACGGCUGUGGUGUUGUCAGAUGAUGACUCUAAAGGAUUUUCAGCUUCAAAAGAUGGAUACAUUGUCCAAUGGGACGUUGAUAGUGGUAAGACAGAAGCAUAUGUUUGGCCCAGUGAGGAUGUAUUGAAAUCUCAUGGAGCUAAAGAUCCACAAGGUCGAGCUAAGAAGCGGAGUAAGCAUGUUUUAGCUUUGGCUGUAAGUUCUGAUGGACGAUAUUUGGCAAGUGGAGGCUUUGAUCGACACAUUCAUCUGUGGGAUACUCGUACAAGGGAGCAUAUUCAGGCUUUUCCAGGCCAUAAAGGACCUAUCUCCUGCUUGACCUUUAGGGAAGGGACUUCAGAAUUGUUUUCUGGUUCAUAUGAUCGAACAGUCAAGAUAUGGAAUGCAGAAGACAGAUCCUAUAUAACAACAUUAUUUGGUCAUCAGAGUGAUGUAUUAACUAUCGAUUGCUUAAGGAAAGAACGUGUGCUGACUGUUGGCCGUGACCGAACCAUGCAUUUGUGGAAGGUUCCUGAGGAGUCACAGUUAGUCUUUCGAGCUCCUGCAGCUUCAUUGGAAUGUUGCUGUUUUAUUAAUAAUGAUGAAUUUUUAUCGGGCUCUGAUGAUGGUAGUAUUGAACAUUGGAGUGUAAUGAGAAAGAAGCCCCUUCAUAUUGUAAAGAAUGCACACCCUUCAUUGAACCCAAAUAAGCUUGUUAAUGAAGGAGAUAUUGAUGAUAUGUCAAAUUGUAUUAAAGAUUGCUUACACGAUACUCCUGAAAAGUCGGGCUCAUUAGCCCAUUCUUGGGUUAGUUCUGUUGCUGUUUGUAGAGGCAGUGAUCUUGCAGCAUCAGGAGCUGGUAAUGGUAUGGUUCGUCUUUGGGAAAUAGAAAACGAUGGCAAAGGUGUUCGCCCACUUUUUGAGCUGCCAUUGGUUGGAUAUGUAAAUUCUUUGGCAUUUGCCAAUUCGGGGAAGUUUCUGGUUGCUGGAGUUGGCAAGGAACCUCGUUUAGGUCGAUGGGGGUCCCUACCUACUGCUCGGCAUGGUGUUGCACUUCACCCUUUGCAACUCUCAUGAUCCUUUAGUUCAACAGAACCCAGUGAGUUAAAUUAUAGACCCAGAUCAAGUUACUAGAGACACAAAAAUGGAACAGGCGAAACGCAUUUGCUGAAGAUUUGUUGCCAGGACUGGACAACACGGAUCUGAUCCAACUAUGAACCAAUCUGGGACCCAGACAAUUUUUUGUUGUGCUGUAUUCGUAAAAUCAAUUUUGGUUAAUGUUUUGUUGAAUAUGAAUUCGGUUGGAUUCUGGUUUCAAACUGUAAGAAUAUCUGAGACAGACUCUAAUUAUUGGUAACGGCAAUUUGAAAUAGAGAAUUAAAAUUUGUACCUUUUUAGCAAA